AUGCCAAGGCGACAGUCAGCCGUUCAGCGGCGCCUCUUUCGCGAUUUUGGUGUCCGAUGGAAUGCGGCGGCACGCUACUUUACAGCUGCGGUCGUCAUACCUGCCACAGAACGUCGACCAAAGGCAAAUCAGUUCGUCCGGGGCAUCUCGUUGCCAGCCGCCAUAUCCUGGCUUCUGAUCUAUGCGGAUAUGCUUUCGAGCGCGGCCCAAAGCUCUGAUCAGUGCGAUUUGCGCCUGCUGCUCGCAUCGCUUGUCAGUGACGAUUGUAAGUCCGCUUUGAGAUGGACGUCGCUCCUCACCGAAGAACUGGCCAAUUGACCAUCGGCGCCGCCCGACAGGCCUUGUCUGAGAUCUGAGCAGCCAGACGCGAGUCUUAGCUGAAGCUUCGAACCAGGGGCGGCAUCACCCGAUUGCACGCGCGGCUCGCAUUAUCACUUCCUUUACAGUUCAUUCAAUGGACGAUGCUGCGCAUGUACAGCUUGAACAAACAGGGAACGAUCUAAUCAGUUGAUUUGGCUCGCUAUUGAAGCUUUACUUGAUCAGUGCAGAUGCGAUCCGUAGACAGUGUUUGAGUCUUAAAAGGUAGAUCGAGCAGGCAGCGCAUCGAC